CAUAUCCCUGAGUAUUAAUUUCUUCAAAACAUCAUUUAUUGGGUCCCUUCCAUCAAACAUGACACCCAGUCUCUAAUACUGGGUAAUUCUGAUAGUUACUUAAUUUAAAUAUGGCAGAAAGUUUAGAUGCCAUCCAAUUCAACCCUCCUUAUUUUCCAGAAAAUUAAAGUGAUAAAGGGAAGCCAUGUAGCUAAAGAUGCCUAGGGGAAAAAGCAGUAAAAUUGGCAUUUUGAUUCAGGUCCUUUAACAUCAAAUAGUGAAUUCUUUCCAUUACUUUGAAAACAGGUUCAACUAGGAAAAUGACUAAGAACAGAGCAUUCAAUUUCUAUUCUAAUUCUCUCUCAGGUACAAAGCAGCCUAGUAAUGGCCGUUCUCAGUUCUGUGAUUGCAAUAGUUGGAAUAACUAUUCUCUCAUCCAAUCUGAAUGAAACACUUUCUGUUUUGCAAAAAUGCCCAUAUCACCCAAUGGGAGACUUUUGCUAUGCAGCUCAUUUUUUAACUGAAACUGCAGCCAUUGUCUUAUUCCUUACUGUCCUGGAGUUGGGCAUUGGUAUAUUACUUCCUGUUGGUGAAAUAAUUGGAAAAAUAGAAGAAAGAUGGAUUAUAAAGCAUCGCAAAGCUUACCAAGAAGCUCUUUAUGAGGAAUUACCCAUUUAUGACCCAAUUGGUGAAAGCAUAGAGCUAGAGACAAGAGAGUCUGUACCCACUGACCCAAAAGACACAAGAAGAGAGUCACUUCAAUCAAGAGAAUAUCAAUCACCAGAAGAACUCCAGGAAACUCAGUCCUAGAGAUUAACAAGUAUAUUUAACAGCCUGAUAGAAUGUAAAAGAUUCUUGACUUGGAUUCACAGUAUGUGGGUUGUUCUUUUGUCUCUAAUUAUGUAAAUUUGCAUUUUGUAUUAUAUUGGCUUUACCUAUCUAUGAACCAUAAAUAUUACUUCAGUUAUUGAGAUUUAACUUUAUUUGUAUAAAAAGCAUUUAACAUUUAUAUUCAUAUAAAGUUCCUGUGUCUUUUUUGGCAAGUAUACUCUCAAGUAUUUUAUACUAUCUAGUUAUUUUAAAUGACCUAAAAUAAUAUCGAAUAAUAUGAUUAAGUGUAUUUUAGCUUUAACUUUAUCUGAAAUCAUGAUUACUACCUCUGCUUUUUAUAUAAUAA